AGAGUUUGUAGUAAAAAAAGUUAUAUUUAUUUAUCUGUGGUUUUAUGGUUAAUUAUCACUCGUGGAUGGUAAGAUUACACAAGUGCCCCAAAAUAUGUGUGAUAUUUCAGUUAGUAUUUAUGAUGGACUCAAUCAAUGCAUUUUUUUCCGGCAGCAAAAGUGAAUAGGACAAUUUUAUGUAAAGGAAUUCAAAUACUUUUUACAUUAAUUGUUCUCACCUACAAUGGCCAUUACAUACAUGAGGUUUUCCAGAGACAUCAGUACAUACCAAUAUCGCAACAGUGUGGAAAAAACUUUUACAAUUAUUAUAAUGUUAACCUGAAAAAAAAUUAUAACAAUUUUGAGAAUGGCAGUCUUCAAGCUGGGAAUUUAACAUAUCAUUCAGGAGCGUUCUGGCUUCAAGAUGGAAAUGCUUAUGGAUGUCCAUGCAAAUUCAAAACCUGUGUUGUCAAAUGCUGCCCUUCUGGUCACAGCUUCACUUCAAAAUCCAACCUUACCUGCACUAAAUAUGGUAAUUUGUCUACAACUUCAGUUGAAUUCAAUAUAACGGUUUAUUACAAACUGACAGAAAACCAAGGUUUGAAUAACCUUAAAGUGAAACAAACAGAACCCAGUGAUUUCUUUUUAUUUAAUAAUACUGAGUGUACCAGAAAUGGAGAUCGUUUUGGGACUAUCUACACACUUCCACCUGAACGGAUGUUUCUGACAGAAGAUGGGACAGUUCUAAAAGAGUCCUUAAAUUAUCUUGAUAUUGGUGAAUACUGUUUGGAGAUCGUCAAUGGACAAAGUACAAUUUUUCUUUUGGAUUGCAUUUUCUACUACCCUGCACCAAAAAUUAAUUUAGAAAUAGUCUUUGUAAUCUUAGCAACAGUUGGAUGGCAUAUUUCCCAGAUAUGUUUAAUUGUUACUUUCCUUAUUUAUUUGACUUUGCCACAAUUACAGAAUUUACACGGAAAGUUGAUUAUCAGCUAUUUAAUAUCUCUCAUUAUGUUAAACAUGUGUUUUUAUAUUUUCUAUUUUUAUUUGAACAUAUCACUUUAUUUAUUGUACUACUUUUUGUUGGCCAUUCCCAGUUGGCUGUCGGUGUUGUGCGUGAAUCUCUGGGUUGUGUUCAGCAAACCGCUACGUCCACGUGUACAAACAAGUGCCCACUGGUGGCUCUACACUCUCUACUCUGUGCUCGGGUGGGGCAUUCCCUUGCUCUUCUGUUUUCUAAUCGCUGCUGUCGGAGUCGUUCCCGGCAAAAGUGACUCCUGUCCCAAGCCGAGCUUCACAAUAGAUGCCUGUUUCUUUAACGAAAUGAGAACAACUCAAUUAUUCCUUCAUUUCCCCACCAUGUUCAUGUUACAGAUAAACUUUCUAAUGUUUGUCUCAAUGCUUUUCCACAUGCAGAGCCACUUUCAACAAACUGCUGGUGUCUCCAGAGAGUCUUUGCACAGACACAAUAGGUCAGUCAGAGAGAGUAUUUCCGUCUACAUUAAACUCACGUUUAUAACUGGAUUCGACUGGUUAUUCAUCCAUUUUACCUUCACUAAUGAUAUAACAACAAACAAUGGACCAUCUGAACUUAUUGGAAUAUCAUUAUUUUGUUUCCAAGGCUUUCUGCUAUUUUUUGUUUUAAUUUGUAAUGGACGUGUGUUUCAACUUUUGCAACAAAAAUGGUGUACGUGAUUGCAGUAAAUUGGUAUUACUGUUCACUUCAAUGUUCUUACUGUCACAAAUAGAAGUCAGUUAAUCACGCA